AUGGUCAUUCGAAAUGUGGAACUAUUGCUUCAGGUGUCGGAGAUGUUUCGUGAAAUUGCCAAACAUCUCCGUAGCCAUGGCGCUACCCGAGAGUCUAAGCAUUUCUACAGCAGCGUAAUGGCUCAUUGCUUGAUGAUCCACGAUUACAUCAGCCGCAUCGAGACCUUCAUUGCCGAUGAUAAUAUUUUGAUCACGAGCAUAUUGCUUCGACUCGAGGCAACUGUCACCCCAGAUAUCUUGAAAGCGCAAUCGGUGCUCUCAACCACAAUCCGAUCAGGGCUCCCAACCACGGCUUAUCCCCGGCUCGCAGCUCUACACGUCGCGUGGAACUAUGCUCGCCGUGAGGGCGGUACGGUUGACCUGCAGCUUGUAAUGCUAUCAAUUGACCUCGCAGACGAUUCAGAGCAACCGGAUAAGCUGAUUGAAUUUUUCGAAGACUGGGAAGAUGACCUCAAGGUCCAAUAUCCCGAUGACCCAACACUGUGGGCUCGAGAUGAUAUGGUUAGCUUGAAGAAGAAUAGGAGACAGCCUUCAUACUUGGCUUUAAAUGCUCCGCAGUCACUGUUCCUUGCCCUGGUUGAUUCAAAAGACUGUACCUGCCAGCCUGUACAUGACUUCGGUGUUCGACUUUGCCUGGGAACAUUUCAGACCCUCCCGGAGGCUGACAAGGAGCGGGAUCACGACUGCGCGUUCGAGAUGUUUCUGUCUAUGCAACAUGAGUGGCACGAGACAGACGUGUGUUUUGCUAAGAGUGCUGGAAUCAACUUUGCGCAAACCAACAAAGCCGUGCAGAGGCCAAAGGUCCCCGCCAUGAAGAUCAAGAGUCUAUGUGAACCCAUUAAAAAGAGAAAGCCUUAUGAUCGUCUUAAGCUGAGAGUUGGGGAAGAUGGACGACUGUGGAAGCUGCGAUCCGAGAAGUGCUACUUUGCAGUGGAUGAGACGAAAGCACCGGUAUCGCUACAACAUCUUAUUCAGGGCCAGUAUAGGUCGCUGACAGACAAGACCAAACGUAUUCUGGCCGUGAUUCUUGGAUACGCUGUUCUGUACCUUCAUGAGACUCCCUGGCUUCCGCCCUCAUGGGACCCAUCGAGUAUCUUGUUCUUCCACACGACUUCGUCGGCGAUUCCUCUCAAGCCUUUUAUCCAAACUCAGUUAGCAAGGGAUCACGCGGUCGCUUCGCCGGAAACUUCCAUUCUUGAUCCCGAUGACUUUGAUCCCGACGAUUUAGACCCUGAUGACAUUAUGAUCCACCAGUGUCCGCAUCUGGUGACGCUGGGGAUUGUGUUGAUGGAACUGUACCUCGCCACCUCCUUCAAAGAACUAGCUGAGAAAUACGGUGUGUCUUUGAACGAUCGAACGAGGCCUAUCGAUGCAGAGCUAGUGUUUGAACAGUGCAAGAAUGAAAUCCCGGAGAAUUCCCAAUUUCAUUACGCCGUGAAGAAAUGCUUAGACCCAAAAGUGUGGGAGGAUAACAACGGGGCCCGAUUGAGCGACAAUGCACUGAAAGCCGCAAUAUACCAGGAGGUUGUUAGUCCAUUAGAGGAUGAGCUGAGCCAAGCAUUUAGCUACAUCUCCCUUGAGCAACUUGAUCGCAUUGCGCAAACUCUAGACCUAGCCACCAGGUGUCUAAACUACCGCAACUGGCGUCGGAGAUUCAAAGAUGUCUACGAGAAGUACAUCCUUCAGCCACCCAAUAUCCCAGUAAAAAUCGCGGUUUUCGAUACGGGGGUGGAUCAGACACACCCAGACGUAGAUGCAUGCAUUGAGCAGAUCAAGGGUCAAUUCAAUUGGACGAAUGAGAAGUUUCCUCGGCUGGUCGACGACUACAACGGACAUGGGACAUUCAUCACAAGCUUGCUCAUGGAAUAUUGCCCCGAUGCCGAGAUCUACAUCGCCAAGAUCUCCGACGGCAAACCAUGCAGCCCCAGCAUCAUCGCCAAGGCUCUCGACUAUGCAGUCAACGAAUGGCAGGUUGACAUCAUCUCCAUGUCGUUUGGCUUUCACUCACGUGAUGUCGAAGGUUAUGAUGAAUUGGAACGUGCCAUUCACAACGCAUACUCCAGCCGCGUUCUUCUCUUUGCUGCCGCCUCGAACAGCGGUGCGAACUUGGACAGGGCUUAUCCGGCCCGCGAUGAGAACGUGAUCUGUAUCAACUCGACCGAUGCGAACGGGAAUCGCUCACCCUUUAGCCCUACUGCUCUUGCGGACACAUUGAACCUGGCCACCGUCGGGGAAGCCGUGGAGUCCGCUUGGCCCAUGCGGCUUUGCGAAUUGCCGUCCGGUCUCAAGCAUAGAUCGGGAACAUCAUAUGCCACCCCCAUCGCGGUUUCCAUCGCGGGCUUCCUGCUGCAGUACGCCCGCUUGCAUAUCCCCGAACAGGCCUACCUGUUCCAGCGACAGUCGAAGAUGAAAGCCGUGCUGCGAAAGAUCGCGGAGAAGAGCCUGGACUCGCGCGCCCGCGAUGAUUACCAUUUUGUAGCCUUGAGCCUUUAUUCCGAUAAUCUAUUUGGAAAGGAUCCGGAUUUCAUCAACCAUACACUGCGCGACAUACUCCGCCGCUAG